AUGCAUCCAAGCAAUCAUCAGUUCCGAGUUGAUGACAUUCGAACUGAUGGAGCUGGAUGGCAAGAUGAGGGACAGGCCCAGCCCCGGCCCACGAGCUUUGAGAACGUGCACAACCGAUUUGCGUCGAACGGACGCCCCCAUCUCUCCAUCCAAUCUCCCCUGCUGGUGAUCCAAGACGACAAAUGGAAGGGGCAUGAUGAGGAGAAGGCCGACCUUCUUGGACUUGGCCAAAAGCGGGGGUGCUUCCUUUUCGCGUGCUUGCCCUAUGUCCCUCGCCGCUAUGUUCUCGCCAUCCUCGGGUUCCUUGGCUUCAUCAACGUUUACGCGCUGAGAGCGAUUCUAAGUGUGGCGGUGGUGAACAUGGAGAAGGAGUUCAAUUACUCUGGGUCGGAGAAGGGUCUCCUCCUUGCGUCGUUCUUCAUCGGCUACAUCUUUCCUCAGGUGCCUGCUGGCUGGCUGGCGUCGAGGCUGGGUGCCAAGUGGGUGCUGGGGGGCGGCAUGUUCAUCUCCGGCAUUUUCACUCUCUUGUUGCCGAUUGCUGCCGAGAUCCACCUUGGGCUGGCCGUUGCCACGAGAAUAGUCGUGGGCCUGGGCGAGGGCGUGUGCUUCCCCUCGAUGCACGCCAUGCUUUCCAAAUGGGCGCCACCUCAUGAACGCUCUCGCAUCGGCUCCCUUGUCUACUCUGGCUGCUACUUGGGGACCGUGAUCGCGUUCCCCGCGAGCACGGCAUUGGCCGACAGUGCGCUCGGCUGGGCCAGCAUCUUCUACGUCUUUGGUGGUGCGACCAUUGCGUGGGUCCUUCUGUGGCUCGUGGUCGUGUCCAGCUCUCCCGCUGAUCACCCCAGCAUCUCGGCCGAGGAGCGGAAGUACAUCAUCGACAGUCUGCCGCCGCCGAGCAGUCUCUCGUUCAGAGACAUCCCCUGGAUGAAGGUGGCCCUGUGCCUGCCCUUCUGGGCGCUGCUCAUCAACCACACCGCCGGCAACUGGGCGUUCUACACGCUGCUCACAUGGCUCCCGACCUACAUGAAAGAAGUGCUCGACUUUGACGUGCACAAGGCGGGUUUCAUUGCCGUGCUGCCCUACCUCGCCCUGACCGUCGUGGUCAUCGUCUCCGGUUUUGUUGCCGAUCUCUUCAUCGAGCGCAAGUGGCUGAGCACUACCGCAGUCAGAAAGAUCUGGCAGGCGCUGGGAUUCACCAUCGCAGGCGGCGGAUUGGUAGCGGUCGGGUUUGCAAAUUCGGUGCCGCUGGCAGUGGCGCUGAUGACGAUCGCCGGCGGUGCCGUGGGAUUCACCAACUCGGGCUUCCAAGUGAAUCACCUUGACAUCGCGCCCAACUACGCGGGCAUCCUGAUGGGCAUGACCAACUGCGGUAUCAUCCUGGGAGAUGACCAGCAUGACAUCGAACGAUGGCGCAUCGUCUUCUUCAUCUCCGCCGGGGUCUACUCCUUUGGUCUCGUCAUCUGGCUCUUGUUUGCCUCGGGCAAGAAGCAAUUCUAA